GGGGAGAGUCGGUGCACGGAGCUAGCAUUUGUGAGCUGGGCUUGGACUUGGUACACACCGAGGAUUGGUGGAGGGCAAUGGAUGAGGGUAGUCAGUCAGUCGGCGCCCGGUCGUGGCGUCGACAACGUUGCUCGGUGGGCUCUUCGCUCGAGGGCUGAAGAGACCUAAAAUUAUUAUAUUUGUAGGGAACGAGAAAGACCCUAUCCCUCUUCCUCCCUUAACUGGUGUUAUCGUCAAGGGGUUGCUUACCAAUGAACGAAUAAAUAAAUAAGCUCUGGGGUUUUGGAAAUUGUCGCGAAGACAAUUGCGCUAACAAUGCGAAGGCGAUCACCUGGAGAUGUCUAGCGGUAGAAGAGCCACGCGACCUGUCAGGCAGCUGUCGUUGCAGCAGCCCGCACCGCGUCGACAGCACAUCAGGCGGCAGAGAUCGGCGGAGGACGAUUGCGGCAAGUCCCUGCAGAUCUACGCGAAUCCGAUCGCACGCGGAAGAUUGGCCGCAAGUGCGACGGAGAAGCCCAAGGUGCGAGUCGCCUGGGGUGAUGAUCGUCGCGGCUGCGACAAUCUGACCCAGGUGGAGAUAGUGGCUCGACAGAUCCCGGGCCGAUCCAGACCGGCCACAGGUCGAUCCAGCAGGGCUUAUGGUACCACGGAGAAGGCGUCGAUCCUGUACUCGCGGCAGGAGCUCGCCGAGAGGCUGCGACUCGCGUGGAAGCACCGCGAGCAGAACAAAGCAAACCUCGACAUCUUCCUGGCGCACGGCGUCGCGGUGGAGGAACGCUGCGAAUCUCAGUUAUCAGUGUCCGUCCCGCCGACCCCUGUCUCCAGGAAGGAGCUUGAUUCUGUUCGGGAUGAGAAAAAGGCCCAGCGGAAUCCAGCAGGGCUGCAUAAUGUGGGAGACCGGGGGAAGGAAACGUGUGAAGACGAAGAUGAAGAUGAAAGAUUAGAGAAGAAGGGGCUGGAGACUGCGCCUCGAUUGAUGGAGAACGAUCUAUUGCCGAAAGGGGCUGAGAAAGUAGCGAGAAGCGUGGAAAGAGAGAAAGGAGAUAACAAGGGCCCGGUGACCGAUUCGUACGAUAAUCUCGAUAUCGAGGAGGACGAGAAGAGAAAGAAGACGCGAAUAAACAUCGAUUGCACGAAUCUACAUCUUCCAACGACCGAUCAGUCGCAGCCGUCGGCCGCUUUUUCAGACUCGAAAGCGGUAAACGCGGAUCCAGCCAGGACCAACGCCGAUUUCUCGCUGGCGAAACAGAAGCGCGCGAGUUUUCACAGCGGUACCAAUCGCGCCUUUCUCGUGCCGAUGGUGGACAAGUCUCCGAAGGUACCGGAAACGAAGGGCAAGAUCGCGCCGGCGAAAUCGAUCGAGAUCAGAUGCGCUUCAGCCGAUAAGACCGCGGCAAGAUCGCCAAUCGACAAAAGUGCCGGUCUCAUAAGGAGUUUGUCGGCGGCGAGUCUGGAAAAAGCAAGGAGAACGAAUUCCGCGCCGCCGCAGAGACGAAAUCUCGUGCCCGCGGCGCGCGUCCAGGUGAACAUCGUGAUCGACGCGCCUAGUCUCGCCGAAGCGACGGAUAAAUCGAUAAUUUGUGAAAAAAUGCAAGAUGGAAAAGACGCCGCGGCCGUGGAAAAAUACGAGGAAGGUGUGACGAAGAUAUUGCGAGGAGAGCGAUCGAUAAGAUCGGCGCCUUUGAAGAGGAGAUCAAGAAGCGCGAAGAGACGUUUCCUCGCCUCGUCGGGCCUGAGCAAGGACGAAGAUCGCGGGGGACGAGGGAAGGCUUUUGUGGAUUCCAAAACGAGUGACGUGGUCACCAUGGUAUCGCUGGUUAGCUCGGCCGACAGCGACAGCGACGUGGAGAACUCGCCGGGCGACGAUAAGCUUAUCAAUGAGCUGCGCAGCAAGUUACCCACCACGCCUAUCAUUAAGACAUCCAUCAACCCCAAUCCCGGUUCGGCAAGAAAACCGAUCAAGUCGGUUUCUUUCCAGAGGGACUCGUUCGACGAAGAGGCGACGAAAGAGGAGAAGCGAAUAGCCAGCAACCUUGUUCAACUUCCUCGUUUCGGCCUCGUCGUUAAUGUCGCUCACCACGGAAACGAUGGUGAGGACUUGGAGCAGGACAGCAGGACUGUCACCGAUAGUACCGUCGCAAUGCCGAUGCUGGCCAUCGAUCCCGUGCUAAUUUCGCAGGACACCGAGAGGACGGUACCGGAAGCGCCGCUGACUGAUCGCGAGAAGAGGUGUCUGGCGGUGCCAAUCGGCGAUCUGCACGACAAGAAGCGGAAGCUGCUGCGUACGCGCAGCACACCGAGCCGCCCGAUAGUAGCAGAGCGGACAAAUAAUGCUCCGAUAGAAGUAAAAGAGCAGCGGUUGCCCCUCGCGAUAUCGCGAGUCGAUCUCGUCGCGAUUCCAACUCCACCGAUCGACACACCGUUUUCGAAAGUCGAGCAAUUUCCUAAAGAGACGUCGCCGGCAAAGGAAACGCCACCAGAAGUGAUGGUGCCAUCGGAGCCACAUUUUCAAACGACCAAGGAAAAGGAAUGCUGGCAUCUCUACAGGCGGAUGUGUGAUAAGGGCGUGUGCGUGUCCUUCGACACUGUUCUAAGAGGUAUGCUAACACCGACGGAGUAUCGACUGCGACAGAAGGAGUGCUCACAGGAUUUGCGAUGAGGUUCGCGAAGAUGCCGAAUGGUUAUGACGUUCAGAUACUUUUUUAAUGGACCGAUUAUUGUUAUUUUCACGAAUCGAUUGGUUAUCCGAGAACGAUAAACAACGAAACGUACUAUUAUACUAGGGAAGAGUUGAAUAAAACGGGACAUUUAAGUUUGUAGGGCGGAGAGGUGGUGCCAUAUCACUGAUAACAAGGAAACUUGUUACCUACGUACGCAAAGACUUAUGGGAAACCAUUAAAGCAGAAAGAUAUCAUGUGUAUCGAUCGCAGUGAAUAAUUUUGUUUGACAUCAGCUCUGAAAGAAUUGCGCGAUCAGUUCUUCCUGCCACGAAAUUGAUAAAUGCAAGCGAGGAAUAAAGAACGCGAAAAAAAAUAGGCCACCUUAAUUCACAUUGAUUUCUCUAUUUAAUCAUGAGUUAAGUUAAUUUCUAAGCUUCGUAUUGUUAGUUAAUAAAUGCCAUGCUUUCCUCAAACAUAGUUGUGCAAAACGGGGCAGCAAACGGUCUGACGAAAUCGUGUACCCUGUUUUGAGCUGUGCUAUAAACUCAACAUCCAAUGAUUCAAUAUUAUCAGAAUAAAAACUGGGUCCAUGAACGAUGUAUGCCUGAUUUAUACACAUAUGCAAUUUAUUAAUUACAAUUAAUAAAUUACAUAUAUCACUUUAUCAUAUAUAGUACAAUUCAUUACUUAUUAAUUAUUAAUUGUUAAUGGUUAAUUUGUGUACUAUUAUUUGUAUACAUGUUACAUAGACUAAGGUAUCAAAGAUCACGAGAUAGCCGAGAAAUGAUUAAUAUUAUUAUCAAGAUCGAGAUAAGAACGAUGCCUUGAUAAUAAUAAUAAAGUAUAAUAAUAACAAUAAAUUAGGCGCGCACGGUAAAGCAAUAGGCGCAAACCGAAUUACCUGAAAUUAGAUGGUUCCUAUUAAGCCUUAAAUAAAAUCCUACUGCCUCUUUCUUGAUCCUUUUAUAUCCCGAAUUAUCUUUGAAUUACUUUCGAAUAAUUUUCGACAACUCCCGAUACCGGGGACACUUAUGACGCCUUUAAGUACAGUAAUGUAGAGUCACAGAAUCUGUCUGUUCUUUAAAUUGUACUGUGUGUCACGCUUUUCGCAUGAAGAAUAAAACGGACAUAGCAUAGCCAUUAACUAGAGAAGUCAUUGAAGAAAGAAAGGAAGAGAUUAAAGCCGUAAUUCACAGGAGAACAGAUUCUUUCUUAUUCUCUCCUACAAAGUUGCGAAUAUUUUUCUUCCUGUGUAUAUUUAUGUGUGUGUGUAUCCGUAUAUUUUAAUAUAUACCGUGCGUUCGUACGCCCGAUCGCAAAUUAUUAAAUUAACGUGCAAUGGUUAAACCUCGAGAUAUCAGAGAACAACGAAAAGUCGGAUGCUCAACUCAGCUAUAUUCAAAGUUAUGAUUUUCGAAUAGCUUGAAUAUUUAAAUAAAUUAGCAAUUGCGUACGUAA